UUACGGUUUUUUUUUCUUCUCCUUCCCAGACGUCUUUGCAUCUCCCGCGGACAUACCGGAGACAGAGCAACCCAUCAAAAUAAAAGUCCCUCAGUGAAAAAUAUCUCCGUUACAAUUAUAAACUACAAAUAUGAGAUGAAACACAAGAACCAUGUGAAAUAUUUCUGUAAAACUCGAGUUCAGUGUUUUACUGUAAUAAUCACUAACAGAGCAGCAGGAUGGAAACAGGACAGACGAUUCUCCGUUCAGGAUGACAGAUCUGCAGGUCUCUUACGUGUGUUUAUCAGAGAUCUGAAUGAGAACGACUCUGGAGAAUAUCAGAUUACAGUCAAAGUUUCUGAAGAAUACAGUUUCUUCUCUGAGUUUAAUCUGAUCAUCAGAGACGAUGCUUGUUGUGUGAAGAGCAUCAGUCUAUCAGCUGCUGCAGGAGGAUCUGUGAACAUCAGCUGCAAAUACCCACAAUCCCACAUUAGUGAUGUGAAGUUUCUCUGCUGGAGAUCUGGAGCUGAUCUCUGUGCUGAAGAGACGUCUGUGAAGGAGAGCAGAAGAUGGAGUCCUGAGGGAAAGAUCCAGCUGUAUGAUGACAGAGAAGAGCAGCUCCUGACGGGAAGCAUCAGUCAUGUGACUGAACAACAUUCAUAAUACUGGUGUGGAGUU